UGCGCCCGGAGACGGUUGGUUUUUUUCAGUGGGUGAAGAUGUCGCGGUACAGCCGCUAUGGUGGAGAAACCAAAGUAUAUGUUGGUAAUUUGGGAACUGGUGCUGGAAAAGGAGAACUUGAGAGAGCUUUCAGCUACUAUGGACCAUUGCGUACAGUGUGGAUAGCGCGGAACCCUCCAGGAUUUGCGUUUGUUGAAUUUGAAGAUCCAAGAGAUGCUGAAGAUGCAGUUCGUGGUCUAGAUGGAAAUAGGGUGAUCUGUGGCUCAAGGGUUAGAGUGGAGUUAUCAACUGGUAUGCCUCGUCGGUCUCGCUAUGACAGACCCCCAGCACGAAGGCCAUUUGAUCCUAAUGAUAGAUGUUAUGAAUGUGGCGAGAAAGGUCAUUAUGCUUAUGACUGUCAUCGCUACAGUCGUCGGAGAAGAAGCAGGUCACGGUCUCGCUCUCAUUCAAGAUCCAGAGGAAGGAGAUAUUCCCGCUCACGCAGCCGAAGUCGUGGCAGGAGGUCCAGGUCUAUCUCCGCUCGUAGAUCUAGAUCACUCUCUCCUCGUAGAUCCAGGUCUAUCUCGCCACGCAGAUCCCGUUCAGGUUCCUUAAAAAGAUCAAGGUCUCGAUCCAGAUCAAGGUCUAGGUCCAGGUCCAUUUCAAGACCCAGAAGCAGCCGCUCCAAAUCAAGAUCACCAUCUCUAAAGAGAAGUUUUGAUAUGAGCCAUUUAUAUCCAUUCUCCAUUAACUCAGGUCGUUCACCAUCAGGAAGCCCUCGAAGGAGUGUGAGUCCUGAAAGAAUUGAUUAAAAUUGCGAAGAAUAUGUUAGGAAGAGUUUUGUUUACGUUAUUUUAAGGGAUUUCUUUGAUGUUAUUGACAAAUGUAAGGAUUUAGUAGAUCAAAAAAUCUUUUCUAGGAUUAAUGCAGCAAAGAUCUGGAUCUUUUAGUAAAAUCUGUAAAAGCUGCUACAGUAGACUAUAGUGCACAAUUUCUUGUAUGUAAUAACAUCUUGUGAUCUGAAAAGUGGGUCUUUUUAUGGGCACAUGAAAUAAAAUGUGUAUUUCUAACUUUUGCUGUAAUGCUAUUUGCUUCUGUUAAUAUUUCAAGUGCAUGCUUAAAGCAAGUUACAAACCGCUACCUUGGUGUUGUACCCAAAUACUGUGCAAGGAUGUUGGCUUAAAAUAAUUGUAGCUACCACUACCCUGCCUGCCUGCAUCAAGCUUAAGUGUUACUUAUUUAAUUGGUGCUUCAAACUACCUAGGGUGAUAUGAUUUAUGGAAGAGUGUUAAGGAAGCUACUUGUUGGUCUCACUCUAUAAUGGUAUAUAUACAUGCCCAAGUUUGAUUUGAUAAAUUCUAAAAUCAAGUCUGCUUGCUUAGCAAAUACUCUUACGUCACAUCACUUGUAGGCACAAUUUUAUUACCUAAACAAACCACCCUAAGACAUGUUCAGAUGGCUAUUUUGUUUGGCUUCUAUCUGGAAUAGUGAAAUAGUGCAGGCUUUGGGCACUUUCUCCCUCUUGGGUAGAAGGUAACAAGUGAAAAAGAUAUACUAAUCUAUUUCAAAGCAAUAUCUCUCUGACCCUAAGGAAAUUUUAACUCAUGGGGUCAAGAGCCUUGGUUCACUCAUUCUUCCAUCCCUGUGAAAGGGGAGUGUGCAAGUUUCAGGUCUCAUUUUAGCUUGGACCCAAAAUUAUAUCUAAGUAAGCCCUUUGUAUGCGGACUCCUAUGAAGGAAAACCUUGGUUAUUGCUGAAAACACCAGAAUGGUGAAGGAUUUUAUUUUUUACAUCAAAACACUGCUUUAAUAUAGUGGAAAUCGUACAUCUUCUGAUCCCAUGCUAUGUAUGCCCAACCAGCUGCAACUAUUGUCAUUAAGACUUAAUAGGUUGCUUUACAGAUAAGGAUCCACACUUUCCGUUAACUAGGCUUAGCAUAAUGGUAAGUGUAUAGGCGUUUAUGCUUCAGUGGAUGAAAGAUCUUAAGAGCCAACUUCAAGAAUUGUCUUUAUCAAACAUGUCUCAUCUGGAAAUGCCAACUGUUGGAUUGCAGUUAAUAUUGUAUGAACUGACAUCUAAUCUAUAAUUCACUGCUAAAUGUAACACACUAAACCUAAAGUUGGACAGAGGAUUUAAAUCUACUUGCUUCUACAUCAGAAUGCAUAAAUGGUCUGCAGUCAAAAAGGGCUGAAAGCAUUUUAGUACCCCCUGUUAGUCAGGUAACAGUAACUUUAGUUCUUACUUUAAAAUGUCUUGACAUGGAUAUAUUUAUGAUACUCAAUGAAUAUGCUGUUUCUGAUAAAUAAAAGUGCUUAUCAUUUUAUAAUCAAGCAAGUUGCUUAAUCACUUUCACAAUUGGCAAUUCGCUCAUUCAUCACUUUUGAAGAUUUACAGAAUUGCAAACUACAGAAAAUAUCUGCCAAUUUUUAAAAAGCUUCAUUGGUAUAUGCUCCAGUAGUUAAGAUUUUAGUCAAUAUGUUCUCUACUGGAGAAGACUUAGGAUUUGUAGAGACAAGCUCGGAAAGGUAGAAACUUGCAGGGAUGUUGAGUAAGAGCUUCUAAUGCUCUGAGAAGGGCUAUUGUACCUGCUCUGUUUAUUGUGGCUUCAGUACCUCUGUGACACAGUCCUUCAUUGCAUCACCCUGCUGCUUUUUACAACCUUUUUAAUCAUACUUUUGGCCACUGUAAUACAAGCUGAAUAAAUUAUGGAACAUGAUAUAA